AUGCAUAUCGAUGAAAUAGAAUUAUCUACUAACCAUAAUAACUUUCAGAGCAAUCAGCACACCAUGAGUCUUGAAGAAGAUUAGCAUGAUUUAAACUAUCUCAAAAGGGCCUCCAAUCAAAAUAACUGCGAAUACAAUCUGGAGGAAAAUGAUAUAUACUUUGAUAUAAAUCCUGUUCAGCAUUAAUCAAAUGCUUCUAUUCAAGAUAUGAGCAUUGAUGAAAAUGAUAUGAGCUAGGAAGGCAUCUAUUUCUUCAGUCAAGAAAAAAACGAAGAUGUUAUUGACUGGAAAAAUAUUGAUCAUUGCAUUUAAAACGCCGAUGAUAAAAGUAUGAGAAUGUAUUUCGAUUAUAAAAAGGUGAGAAUUAUUACUCUCUUUGAUGAAAGAGGAUACUCAUUGCUUCAUUUGGCUGUUUAUCAUGGAAAUGUUGACAAAGUCAAGUAGCUUCUAAGAUAUGCUAUUGAUAUACAAAAAGAAACUGAGGAUAAUAUCAAAUAAUGGGUCAAUAGUAAGACAUAUAGAGACAAAUUCACACCUUUACAUUUCGCAUCAUACAAAGGAAAUAUAGAAAUGAUUUAAGUUCUCUUGGAUUAUAAGUCCAGUCCUACUUAGAUAAAUAAUUUUGGCUUAAAUAUGCUGCAUGUUGCAGCCUAAGGAGAUGCUGCUUCCUCUCUUUAUAUCUUUAAAGAACUUAAUUUGAAUAUUAAUUAACAGGACUUUAGAGGUAGCACUGCUCUUCAUUGGGCUUGUUAUUAAUAAUCUGAAGUAGCAUUAAGUUAUCUACUGGCUUGGAAUCCAAAUCUGAAUAUUUAAGACGUAGAGGGUCAUACACCCUUACAUUUAGCAGUGAGGAGUGUUUAGAUGACAUAUUCCACGAGAUCUGUUAGAUUCUUACUUCUCAAAGGUGCCUAAGUAAAUAUCAAAGAUAAAAAAGGAAAAUUAGCCAUUGAUUAUGUAAAAGACGUCAAAAGUAGCGAAAUGCAAAUUGAACUAUAUCGAAUGCUUAGACCAUAAAGCAGAAUUAGGUGUCUAAUGUUUAAGGCACCAGUUAGGCCUUCAUCAAAGAAUUACAUAACUUUGAUUAUCUAUUUUAUCCUGUUUUUCUAUACUCAGUUCCUCCUCUUUACUUAUGUGUUCUUAAGAAUCACAAAAUUAAUGACAUUUGCAAAUAUUUUCAUCUCAAUCCUUACUUUGAUUUUUUAUAUGAUAAGCUUUCUAAAUGAGCCAGGCUACAUCUUCAAUAAAAAGAUAAGUUUCAGAGCUCUAUUAGAGCAAUUUGAUGCGACUUAAUUAUGUCCAGAGUUGUUAAUCUAUAUUCAAGUUACAAAUUUUUUGAGGGGCAAGACUACUAAUGAAAGAUUUUCAAAGCAAACAAUGGAUUAAGAGGAUUUUCAAAAGUAGAACAGUUAAGGAAUAAAGCAAAUUCCCUCAGGUUAGCAAUCAGCUGAUUAAAAAAUUGCAGAAGAUAAUUUAUCAAGCAAUCUACUGGUAAAUUCUGACGACCCAGUUAGCAAAUUUCGUGAAAUGCAAUAAACUUAGAUUAAUGAAAGGCUUAGUUUCAGACGGAUUAAAUAGAAUUGCCUACAAAUGUGUUGCAGUGUGCAAAUGAUAUCGCAAGAGGAAAUUUAUAUGACUUCAAUGAAAGGGAAAUUUUUCAGAAGGAAUCUCUUGCAGAUCUCUAUAACUGCAUUGAUUCCAUUACAGUAUAUUUACACAAGAAGGAAUGAAAUCAGAAAAUCACAUGAAAGCUUGAAAUUUUAUUACAUUAAGGAAACUUCAGUCAGAGUAUUUCUUGGACUCAUGAUCGGAUGGGGCGCAGCUGCCUUUGUAUAUGGAUUAAGACCUGAUGUAGUGGAUUAAUAAAAAUUAAGUAAAAAGGGAGAUGAACUUGAUGAUACAUCUCUGGAAUAUUCUGUAAAUGUUAAGAAGAAUUUGUAAUAAAAGUCUUAUUUGCCAGGAAGGAUAAAGGACUGA